AUGGCGGUGCGUGCUGUCCUUGAUGUCUAUGAAGCAAAUGGUAACCCAGCUGUGAUUGAUUUCUAUGAAGCAACUGGUAACCCAGCUGUCCUUGAUGUCUAUGAAGCAAAUGGUAACCCAGCUGUCCUUGAUUUCUAUGAAGCAACUGGUAACCCAGCUGUGACUGAUGUCUAUGAAGCAACUGGUAACCCAGCUGUCCUUUAUGUCUAUGAAGCAACUGGUAACCCAGCUGUGAUUGAUGUCUAUGAAGCAAAUGGUAACCCAGCUGUCCUUGAUGUCUAUGAAGCAACUGGUAACCCAGCUGUGAUUGAUGUCUAUGAAGCAAAUGGUAACCCAGCUGUGAUUGAUGUCCAUGAAGCAACUGGUAAGCCAGCUGUCCUUGAUGUCUAUGAAGCAAAUGGUAACCCAGCUGUCCUUGAUGUCUAUGAAGCAGCUGGUAACCCAGCUGUGAUUGAUGUCUAUGAAGCAAAUGGUAACCCAGUUGUGAUUGAUGUCUAUGAAGCAAAUGGUAACCCAGUUGUGAUUGAUGUCUAUGAAGCAACUGGUAACCCAGCUGUGAUUGAUGUCUAUGAAGCAAAUGGUAACCCAGCUGUGAUUGAUGUCCAUGAAGCAACUGGUAAGCCAGCUGUCCUUGAUGUCUAUGAAGCAAAUGGUAACCCAGCUGUCCUUGAUGUCUAUGAAGCAAAUGGUAACCCAGCUGUCCUUGAUGUCUAUGAAGCAAAUGGUAACCCAGCUGCCCUUGAUGUCUAUGAAGCAAAUGGUAAUCCAGCUGUGAUUGAUGUCUAUGAAGCAACUGGUAACCCAGCUGCCCUUGAUGUCUAUGAAGCAAAUGGUAACCCAGCUGUGAUUGAUGUCUAUGAAGCAACUGGUAACCCAGCUGUCCUUGAUGUCUAUGAAGCAAAUGGCAACCCAGCUGUGAUUGAUGUCUAUGAAGCAACUGGUAAGCCAGCUGUCCUUGAUGUCUAUGAAGCAAAUGGUAACCCAGCUGUGAUUGAUGUCUAUGAAGCAAAUGGUAACCCAGCUGUGAUUGAUGUCUAUGAAGCAACUGGUAACCCAGCUGUGAUUGAUGUCUAUGAAGCAACUGGUAGCCCAGUUGUCCUUGAUGUCUAUCAAGCAUCUGGUAACCCAGCUGUGAUUGAUGUCUAUGAAGCAACUGGUAACUCAGCUGUGAUUGAUGUCUAUGAAGCAACUGGUAACCCAGCUGUCCUUGAUGUCUAUGAAGCAACUGGUAACCCAGCUGUGAUUGAUGUCUAUGAAGCAACUGGUAACCCAGCUGUGAUUGAUGUCUAUGAAGCAACUGGUAACCCAGCUGUGAUUGAUGUCUAUCAAGCAACUGGUAACCCAGCUGUCCUUGAUGUCUAUGAAGCAACUGGAUGUUUCCUCCUGGAUUGA